AUGGCCAGGAAAUGGCAAAAGAUGGCUGCAAGAGGAAGGAAAAGAAUCUCAUUUGGUGUUCUGCCCAAGAGCAAUUCAUGCAAGAAAGCAGCUGCAAUUGCAGAGAAGGGACACUUUGUAGCCUACGCAUCUGAUGGCAAAAGGUACAUGGUUCCCCUUGCCUGCCUCCAACGGCCAAUCUUUCAGGAGUUGUUGAAGAUGGCAGAAGAAGAGUUCGGGUUGAACAUCAAUGGCGCAAUCACAUUCCCUUGUGAUUCUACAGUCGUUGACUAUAUCAUGUCACUUGUGCAGAGAGAAAUGUCCAGCCAGAUAGAGAAUGCACUGGUGGCAUCUCUGAGCAGCACUAGAUGCUUCCCAUCCUCGGUGUUGCCGCAAUGCCAUCCUUACCAACAAAUACCCCUUGAAGGGUUUUAA